AUCAUAGCACUGAAUUGAUGCUUUUGACCUUUAUUAUACAGAGUGCCAACUCUUAAUGAGCACAACUGGAAUGUGUAUAAAAAAACACAUAAAAACAACUUAUUUAAUCAUUUUAUUCCUAACACCUUUGUUAAAGCUCAAAGCAGUCUGGCCAUUCUUCUCUGACCUUUAUAAUAAACAAGGUAUUUUUCUCUCAUAGACCUCACUGAAUUUGUCAUUAUGGACAUUUUUCUGUAAACCUUAGAGAUAGUUCUCUAAGUAGAUCAUUAGUUUCUGUAAUAUUCAGACCAGCCCAUCUCUUACCGAAGACCACUUAAAUCACCUUUCUUCACUUUAACCUCAGCAGGUCAUCUUUCCAAUAUCUGCAUGUUUAAAUACUUUAAAGUGCUUUCAUUAGAUAUUUCACUAACACGCAGUUUAAUGGUUAAUAAAGUGACUGUGAGUGUUUUUCUUUAGUACUGUUAUUCAGUUAAUCAUCAUCUUUAUCUAAUAUUUAAAUGUAUAGCACAUGGACAGCAAAUGUAAACAUAACUGCAUCACUUUAUGUAGUAAUUUAUUUAUAUACUAGUUAUUUUAUUUAAUUAUAAUUAACAGCCAUUCAGUAUAAGUUACCGUUAAUGGAGCUCACCUUCAUUAUAAGGUGAUUUUAUAAGAAUUAAUAUAAGACAAUAGUGUGACAGGGUGUGGUUGGUAGCUCUGCUGCAGAGGAGGAGUGAAGCAGUGGGUUCAGGGUGUGGUGUCAGGGAAGGCUGGUGUUUACAGUCGACGAGCAUCAUCUAAUCAUGCCUUCCCUACUUCAGUAGUGGCCGGGCCGGAGAGGAGAAGAGCUGCUGGAGCAGAGCACUGGUGCAGAUGUGGAGCCGAAGAAGUGUGCGCUGGAAAGUGCAAAAAGUGAUAUUGUAGCAAAUAAACAAAGGCAAAACGCACGUUUCUGCAGCUCCCCAGAUGACCCCCCAAGCAAUUCUGGAGGUGUUCCAGGCAACCACGGUUGCAUACUAGUGGAAGCCCAAGUGGCGGCGCUGAGCCUUCUCACAACAGUGUACGUGUCCUUUCUGACGUUAGGAGAGCCAUCGUGGACUGAUUGGGGCCCUCCCCUGAGGACCAUCAGCGCCCAUUCCAGAUGGAAUGGGAGGACUGGCCCUUGGCAUUCAGGAGGCUGCAUGGCGCUGCAGCACUGUUUUGAGAGUGUUUUGCAGUUAUGUUCUGCCAUACAAAUCUCAUGAAGCAUCACUUUGAAACGCAGGCUGGUGUGAUGGUGUGUUCGCACCACUACAUGUUACCUGAGCACGAAAGACAAAUUGUGCAAAACGAACUGGCAGAAAUGUUAAAGCUGGGAAUAGUAGAAGAGUCGCACAGUGCUUGGUGUAGCCCCAUAGUUAGGUCUAUGUGGUUCUGUGUGAAGUAUUGCAAGAUGAACGAAGUGCCACCAUUUGAUGCCUACCCAAUGACCCAGGUCGACGAGCUCCUGUGUACAUCAUUGACUGCCCCAUUGUGUACAUCAGCUGAAAAUUGUCGGAGCAUGAGGCCAGUCUCCAGGAUCUCAAUUCAGGAUGUCUGUCACUGUGUCCAAGGUUGAUGGAGUCACUAUACUCACCUUGACCUCUGACCCUAAUAGCCCUUGGCCUCCGCUGUGCCAGAUCCUCAAGAACCUUUGCAGCAGUCCAGUGUGCUGCAAAGUGUCUCAGCACCUGAGGCGCCUCAAAAGACCUUCUGAGAUAGUGCUGGGGACUCUGCAGAUUAUGAUUGGGCUUCUCAAUGUUGUCCUCGGAUCAAUCCUUAUAAGCCAACACGAUGGAUCAUGGACCAUGAGUUAUACCGGCUAUCCUUGUUGGAUGGGAGGGUUGUUCAUCAUGUUUGGAAUUGUCAGCAUUUUGUCUGACAAGUAUCCAAGUCCAUGUCUGGUUAUCGUCAAUGUGAUUCUGAAUCUGACUGGGGUUGCUUUUGCCAUUGCAGCUAUUGUGCUGUAUAGCAUCAGUGUAUCUAAUCUAUAUUGGCCGGAAAUGUGUUAUGAAUGCUACGGCGGCAAAACAGUAAUUAUGAUGCUCUACAGAAGCAUCAUUGCUGUGCUAAUUGUGCUGUCAGUCCUGGAGCUCUGCGUCACCAUCAGCUCAGUCGUCUUGGGGAUCAAGAGUCUGAAGAGCAAAGAAAAGGGACAAACCAAGAGCACUGAUGACCCAGAGCUCUACAAACCACUUCUCGAGGAAGUUACCACUAAGCCUACAGUCUGAAUGUAAUUGUGCUGUGAGGAAUUGUAAGCAUGUGCCUUGAUAGCUUUGACUCUGUACUACAACUAUAUUGGUCCAUGUUACAUAAAAAUAACGGAAUCUGUUGCACAUUUCAUCAGCAUUUGACUACAGACCUCACGUCUGUAGGUCUUUAGUCAUUGAAGCUGAGGCACUGAGGCAACACUGUCUAUAUACUUUUGGCAGUGAUGUUAUUAUUUUAGUUGUGACCAUUAUGGAUGCAAUGUGUUUUAGUGGCGAAAGCAAUCACUUCUAACAUUAUAACUAUGCUUAAAAAAGUGAUCACAUUUUUAAGCAUAGUUAUAUUUAGAAUAAACUUAUUUAAAAUUUUAUAAUGAUAUCUAAUUUGAAGCCAUCUCUAAGCUUAUGAGAUCAUGCAUAUACUGUAUAUAGAUCCAUGAUGUCAAGAGAUGGGUUAUGAAGCCUUUUUGUGAAGCUGUGGGCUGAGUGUUUUCGUCAUCGUAGUGUUUUGAAAUGACUCGAGAGUUUUCAAAUUUCGUCUCCUUUAUUAGUGCUAGUACGACUGGACUGAGGACGAUCUGCAGGGCAGUUUGGACAGAUACUAGAACCUUUUUGAAUGGUUUUGACAACUUCCCAUGCUGUGGAUUUUUGGAUGACAUGUAUAUCUAUACCCCAAGUGGAGGAGUUUAAGUAUCUCAGGGUCUUGUUCACAAGUAACGGGAGAAAGGAGCAGGAGAUCGACAGACGGAUUGGUGAAGCGGCCACAGAGUGUAAAAGGAAAGCUCUAAAUUUACCGUUCGACCUAUAUCCUUACCCUCACCUAUGGUCAAGAGCUGUGGGUAGUGACCGAAAGAACGAGAUCGCGGAUACAAGCAGCAGAAAUGGGCUUCCUCCGUAGGGUGGCUGGCCUCUCCCUUAGAGAUAAGGUGAGACAUUCGGCCAUCUGGGAGGGGCUGCCUUCCGGAUGAGGGGUCCCGGGCAUGUCCCACCGAGAGGAGGCUCCAGGGCAGACCCAGGACACACUGGAGAGAUUAUAUCUCUCUGCUGGCCUGGGUGUUCCCCCGGACAAGCUAG